AGGCGGGGCGACAAUGGCGGGCUCUCUCCUCCGGCCGCUUGCUCCCGUUUCCCCUCCUCCGCCUCGUCUCGCCCCCUCCUCCCGCCCCCACUUCAUCCUCGCGCCUCGAACCCUGCCCCUGCUCCCUCGCGGGCCGAGGGUUGCGCCCCGCGCCCUCGUUUCCCCACCGCACGCGCUCCCGGACAGCGCCGCCGGGGCGGCGGAGGCGCUCCGUGGCGCGCUCGCCGACGCCUUCCUGGCGUCUCCGCCGACUUGGAGGUCGUCCGCCGUGAGCAACCUCGCCGUCUUCGUCGCUGGCUCCCCGGUGCUCCUGUCUGGCCUCUCCGCCUCCGGCUUCGCCGCCGCGUACCUACUAGGCACCCUCACCUGGCGCGCCCUCGGGCCCAAGGGGCUCAUCCUCGUCGCCGCCUACUUCGUUUUGGGCACAGCAGCAACCAAGUUGAAAAUAAAGCAGAAAGAAGCUUUGGGGGUGGCAGAGAAAAGGGGAGGAAGGAGAGGGCCUGGAAGUGUUAUUGGUUCAAGUGCUGCUGGUUGUGUCUGUGCUCUGCUAUCAAUAUACAAUGUAGGCAGUGCAGCGUUGGCUGAGCUCUGGAAACUUGGCUUUGUUGCUAGUUUCUGUACUAAACUAAGUGACACAGUUUCCAGCGAAAUAGGGAAGGCCUAUGGAAGAACAACGUACCUGGUGACAACACUUAAGGUUGUUCCACGAGGUACAGAAGGUGCGAUCAGUAUUGAGGGUACCCUAGCUGGAAUUCUUGCAUCGAUUGUUCUUGCAAGCGUUGGUUAUCUUCUCGGGCAGGUCAAUGUAUCACAAGGCGCAGUAUGUGUCCUUGCAUCGCAGAUUGCAAAUUUUUGUGAGAGUUAUAUUGGCGCCACAUUACAAGAUAGAGAAGGUUUUGAAUGGCUCACCAAUGAUGUUGUCAAUGUACUAAAUAUCUCAACUGGUGGUAUAUUGGCUGUUCUGAUGCAACAGUUACUAGUAAGUUGGCACUCUUGAGUACUCUUUUAUGACUUUUCUGUGGUGUCUUCAUGGUUAUAAUAAUUUAGGAGCAAUUACAAAUUUUCCAUUGGUUUGGACCAAACAACUGUCAUUAGAAAAUUUCAAAAAAACCACUGAAACUAUUAUUCUAGUGUCAUCCUUGUAAUAUAGAAAAACAGAGUGGCAAAUUCGCAAAACCCCCUGUAAUUUAUUAUGGAGAAAUGACUGGUCGAUGUCAAUGUCUUACAUGCUUCUGCCAUUGAAAUGCAAGUACAGCUUCUGGUCUGAGAUAUGAUAUUUGAGCGGAUGAAGAUUUGUGUAUGUAGUUAGCGUUGUUCUGUGUUUAAUUCCUUCUUGAACUGCUAGUGGUAAAAUAUGUGAUGUUUGUUAGGAGUAUGUGAU